CUAGCGGUAUCUAGCAUGCCAAGCCUAUAUGUCCAUGGGCCUAAUCAUAAUGGAUGGUUCUCUCUUGAGCAAAUGUUAGAUGGCGAAGGUUCCCGCAGGUCCGAAUUGGAAGCCUUGAAAAUAAAAAUGGCGUGCUUAGCCUCCUCCACCUUCACCCUUCCUUUCUGCGCUUCAUCCCUCAACAAGGGUGUGCAUCAACAUCAACUAAAUUUUGCUCUGGAUAGAAUUCUAAGCAAAGCAGCAAUUCGUACAGCUCAAAAAAUUGUUCGAUCUAGCAGUUCGAAUAAACUUACACUAUCCUUGAAAGGAAGCUGUCUUCGCUGCUUGAUGUCAUGCACAAGAUUUCUACAUGAAACUUAUUCAUAUAAUUUGGGUGUAGGUUAUUGUACUGAAAUAGUUAUAUCUGGAUAUUGGGUGGGACCUGAUGCUGAUGAUGGGUGGGGAUUUGUGGAAGCUGUAAUUAAUCAAAUGAAUUGAUCCAUUUUUUUUACUUCUUUUAGAUAAGGGUUGAUUUUGCUUCAUUUUUAUCAAAUAUGUUAGUGGCAGUUCUGCUCUUGGUAAGCUGAGUACAGGCUCCGUAAAUUAACCAAUUAUUUGGGAAAUUAUGAGUAUCAUGUACAAAAGAAUACUGGAGGGAUAAUAUCUAAUUAUUGGUGCAGUCAAUGAAGGCUUGAUGGAUAGGUUUCAGUGUGCAUGUUUGAGUUGUUAAUUACUUUUUGUUUCUUUUUCGAAGCUGUAGUUGACUAUGACUGAACUUAAAAGGCUGCUGAAGUUUGUCUGAACUUAAAUCUAGUAUUAUUCUUUACUCUCA